AUGAUGGCGGCUCCUGCUCACCCAGAGGACAUGCUGACUCAAGUGACCCAACUCUGGAGUAUGCUGGAUGAGAUGGCAGAAAGCACCCCUGAGAGUUACCACAGAUUCAUGCAGCAGCGGCUGGAGGAUGCAAAGCAAUAUUGCGCUCCCCCUGAACCACAUCUUUGCCUACAGACCCACAUACUGGAUCCUAAUGAAAAAUCAUUGUUCAUUAACCUCUGCAGGUGGAAAAGGGUCCCAGCUCCUAAGUCACUUACUGAUCCAAUACCUCUAAGUGCUGGCCCACUAGAGGAGGUGUCUGAUAAAGCAGAGAUUUACUCCAUCAUAGAUAUUGCAUAUAAUCCGACUGUUCUUCAGCGAGAGGAGAACCAAGCAGAAAUGGAUCACUUGAUCCGUCUGACAUUUAAAUACAUUGAGGAGCAUUACAACCUCUCUCUCUCCCACUCUUACCACAUUGCAACAUUCACACUCAAAGGAAGCCUGAAAAGGAUGAAACAGAGUCUGGGAGGAGGGCCACUACCAGCUCCACUUUUCAACAAGAACAUGAGGAAUGAACUGACACUGGACCAGCUGAAGCACAACCUCAGAGAGGAGGAUCGCAAUAAUGCUACGCUGCUGCUGAACAAGGAUGUUACACAGUCUAAAGUGCAUCUGAUAGAAGAGAUUGCCAGUAUGGAGCUGCCAGAGGAGCCAAUCACACCUGCCUAUGAACUGACCUUUGCAAAGGAUGCAAAUGGGAAACCUCUAAAGAUUGAACUGAAAGUUGAAUUGCCUAAAGUUAGUUCCGUUUCUGAAUGUGAACUGAGCAUUUCAAGGGAUGAUGUAAUCGUUGAAGUCCCUGAAAAAUACAGAUUACAGCUGGAUUUGCCAGAAUUGGUCGAUGAAGAAGCAACUACAGCAACAUUUAACAAAGGGAAAGUUGGGGACAAUCACAGCUGCAGUAAUUACUAACACACCAAGCGCCUCACCUGGAAUUCGUGGGGCUGAAGUUUACCUUC